GUUUCAGAUAAAUGCCGAAACGCCGCUACAAUCCGUCCGCCAACGAGGAGGAAAAGAUUCCAAUAGUAGAAAAAUUAUAUAGGGAAAAUCAAGAAUCGGAUUUUCUUGGUGGCGGAUUCUGUGAUGACGACGAUGAGGUGCAGGAACGUCGCGAGCAAAUUUCCGAAAUGAGACAAAAACGCGAAGAAGCAGCUCACAAUUUGAUUCAAGCUCCUGAAAAUUGUGAAAAGUGCGACAAAGGUUUGAUGGACAGUUGGCUUUGGGAACGAUAUAACUGUGCAGUUUGUGAUGCUUGUAGAGAUGAUAAAGGCGAACAUAAAUUACUUGCUCGUACGGAAGUCAAAAAUACAUAUCUUCUGAAAGAUUGCGAUCUGGAUCUGCGCAAACCAAAGCUUCGGUAUUGGGCGAAGAAAAAUCCACAUAAUCCGAGAUAUGGAGACAUGAAGUUGUAUCUGAAGUGCCAGAUUGAAACACGAGUUCUGGAAGUGCAUGGUAGUUGGGAAGAUCUGGAAUUGAAGAAAGAGCUUCGUGAGCAAUCCAAAGAAGUUCGUUCCGAAAAGCGUUUUGAGAAAAAGCUCAAAGAUCUCCGCCAGCAAAUUCGUGGAACUUCCGGUGUGAAAGUUGAUUUCGGAAGACCUCAUACUCACGAAUUCGGGAAAGAAACUCACGUGGAAGAGGACACAUGGAGAAGAACAUGCAUAACUUGUGAAUAUGAAGAAGUUUUUGAAAAACUCUGAGUUCAAACUGAAUUAAAUAACAUUUGACGGGCUACACGAAGACUAGUACUGUUCUAUUAUCUACAGUAUCUACUACUCAUUCUUCUAAUUCUCUUUUUUUGAUCUUACAAUUAAUUAUCCAAAUGUAAAUGCUUUAUUGCUAUGAGAUAAACAUAUUUCUCCACU